AUGUUCAAGUUUGGGUUUGAUGAGGAGAACCAACAGGAGGAAACAAGCCAAUCGACUCAAACGGAUCCUGCUCAGCUACAUGACUUUUCUUUGCUUCGCCAAGCAGCUCCCCGUAUCUCUUACACCGGGUAUGCUGUGCCCAAGACCGAGAUCACACUGCCGCGACGGGACUUUUUCGAUGCUAGAUACCAACUAAUGGGCGAGGAUAAUCUAAGUGAGUCCGACCAGCUGCUCCUAGGAUCUGAAGAUGUCCGGAAGACCGUCUACGAAGGUGGCCUGAAGGUCUGGGAGGGUACUGGAGAUCUGUUGGAGGUGCUUGCCGAGCAUUCAGAGACAAGCGUUAUUGAGCUUGGAUGUGGAGCGGGCAUUCCAGGCUGCCUACAACUCUACAAAGCUUUGAAGGCAAAUCUAAGCGGCAGAUUCGUGCUGGCCGAUUACAAUACCAGUGUGCUGAGACUGAUCACUAUGCCCAACGUGGUGCUGGCCUGGCUGGCUGCCACUAAAGGACUUGAAGACAAGGGCGAGAUCAAUCUCACCGCAGAGCUCAUUGAAGAGUGUGCUGCUGAUCUUGCAAAGCGCGGGGUCGCAGUCCACUUCGUCUCAGGCGGUUGGUCCCCGCAGUUCGUGCAGCUAGUAGGCCAACCGUUUGAUCUGGUGCUCGCAUCUGAAACUAUUUAUUCUCUGGACAGUAUUGUGGCAUUCACCGAUGUACUUGCCGCAGUCAAGGGCAAAUUGGCUCUAGUAGCAGCCAAAAAGGUCUACUUUGGAGUCGGCGGAGGAGUUAUCGAGUUUCAAAGACAACUGGAUAAACGCCAGCUCUCGUACCAUCUUGUCUUGGAGACAGGUAGCGUCGGGCGCGUCGUCCUGGCCGUAGAAUAA